GGUGUUGCAAUCCGUAGACAUUCAACUCUACUACAACAACGAAGACAACACAAAACAUGGAGAAAAUACCUGAGAGUAUUUGACGAAGGAAACCAAAGAAAAUGGCACAUAUUUGCCGGAAGAUGAAGCGACAGCAUAUCGACGCAUACCUGUCACUGACAACUACGCGAAAUCUCUUGGUUUUUGACGAGGAGUACCAAAAUACGUGAGGAUUUUAUGUCAACAUCAACCGUCAUGAUACAAGGAGAAGUCAAAAUGGCUACGACGGUUGGUUCCGAGAAGGGUUCUGAAAGGACAGCGAUGGAGAGGUUCGGCUGCGGGGGGAGGGCGCUUCUGCCCUGGACUAAACAAAUGCUCACCGUGCUCUGGGAACAGCUUCGACUUCUGGUUCAGGUCAUAUACUACACCUUCAUUUCAGUUUUCCAGAUGUUCAGGUUUGAGGUUCACGUUAGAAUCACAGACGAGACGGGUCAACACAUCCAGCACAUGACCACGGCCGCAAACCCCACGGAGUCCUUCCUGUUCUCCUCGCUGUUUGACGGAGACAACGGAGUGAUGGUUGGAGGUUCAAAUCCGCUCUCCAACUUCUGCGCUGACGUGGGCGACUCCUUUGCCGGGAAAUCCACUGCCGAGGCCCUCCUGUCCACCCUGCGCGCCGACGACCUGUGCUGCGGACUAGUGGACGAUUUUGUGACGGGCAAAGAAGAGGGCAUCUUCCUGGGACACCAAUCCAGCUGGACGAUGGGCUUCCCCAGCGACUGGAAGAUCUUCGUAUCGAGCAGCGACAGCUCCAACGACGGCUGCCACAAAAGUAGCGAGAAAGUCCACAAACGGGACACUUCGGAAGAGGAGAGAACUUUUCACUGGAGUAGCGAGGAAGACCAGAACGUAGUGGAAUUUGACAGUGAGGAAAGUAAAGCGCUUUGGGAGUCUCUGUCAAAAUCUAGUGAUCCUUACAACCCCUUCUUUUUCUCUGCGAGCAUCUCAACCAACACAACUAUGGGCAGAAGUAAAGGCAAAGCGACGGACAGUGAAGCUGACCACGUGUCAGUGAGCAAGGCCAUCUGGGUCAGCCGCUCUGACAGCGAGAGCAGUUGGAGCAGCUGGGCCAGCUCGGACAGUUCCAGUCCCAGCAUCGAUGAGGAGAACGAAAGACUCUUGGAGUUCUUCAGCAGUCCCAAUGACCCCUACAACCCCAUGUGCUUCACUGCGUCCACACUCAGCAGCAAAUCACCUCCAACCAGCGCAGUCUCCAAACCACAGGCCUCCCCUCCUGCUCCCCCCUCCAGGUCCGAUACAGACACUGAGGAGAAAGAGAGCAGCUCCCCUCCUUCAGAGGACGACGAAGAAGAUCAGCUGUGGAAAGCUCUUUGCCAAAAGGACGACCCGUACCACCCUCUAAACUUCCAGGCCUGCCUCCAGAGCUCCCCGACAACACCGCAGUUUGAAGAUACACAUCCCCUCGAUGUUCACCACCACACAAAAAAUCAAUCAACAAAGAAAAAUAAAUGUGAAAAAACGCCUACAAAAACCAGAGCCAGCAAGCCCUCACUAACGGAGAGGAAGAUACAGCAUCACUCCCAUCCAGACAAGACCGUGGUGCCCUGGAAGAAACCCGGACAAACCCCUCAGUCACCGCCGGAGGAGGAGGAAAGCACGACCAGCAGCACCCAGAAAAAGGUGCGGUUUUCUCCUCUGGUCCAAGUCCACGUCAUGCGCACCUGGCCGUUUGCUCGCCAGGCGUCUCGCAAAGGACACUGGGAGGAAAUGGUGCGAGACCGGGACCGCUUCAGGAGGAGGGUCCAGGAAACCGAGCAGGCCAUCGGACACUGCUUCUCCCAGGAACACAGAGAGAAGCUGCGGGCGUAUCGGGACGGUGCCUUGAAAUAAAAAUAAAGUCCCGAACACUGAAUGUUUUAUUUCCUUUUCGGAUGAGAACUUGUGAUUGGUUGCAAUGCAACAGUGAUUUUGAUUUUAGGCCAAUUAGAAAAACUUGAUGUGAGGCCAACUUCAAUGUUCGGUGUCGAGUUGAACAACCUUUUACCUCAGAAGGUUUUUUACAUUUUGUGACUGUUGCACUGACUAACACUUUCUCUUAUUAAGCUCAGCAUUUACGUGUGGAAUGUUGUUUUUGUAUGCCUUAUAUACUGACCUAGUAAUGUAACCUAUUUAUGCCCUAUGGAGCUUGUUGUUCAUUUUUUACAGUUGCUUUUAUCCGUUUGUGUUUUUGUAUGUUUAAAACAAGUACAGUGGUGAAUCUAGACGCUUAAAGUAGGUGAUGGUAUCGUAAGAGAGCAGAGUUUUACAGUACAAAGUGUUUUUUUUAAGCAUGAUGUUGAAAUAUGAAGUUCUGGUACGAUUCUUGUCUUAUUGUUCGAAUAUUUAAUUUGACGUUUUUGAUAAUUAAGUUUGGUUUUGUGUUUUCCUGUUUGAUGGUCAAUAGCACUGAGUGGAGAUUUCUAUGUUUAUUGUUAUAUUUACUUGAAAGAUACAAACACUUUGUCCCAUGUGACUCAGCUUCUCAUGGUAACAUCAUGCGCUCCGAAAUAUGUCACACAAAUCAUCUGUGGUAAAUCUGUCAGUGGGUGCUUUGACAAACCAAUAAAAUGUGUUACACUGUA